GGGCACCCACGGCACCGGGCUAAAAUCCCCUCCCGACCGCUCCGCCGCCACCCCUACCGUCCACCGCCGCUCCUUCUCUCCCACCAACCUCACUCGAGCUCUCGAAGCGGCGCAGCUAGGGUUAGCUCCGGCCACGAACCCCCCUAAACCCUACCACUCUCCCACCGCCAUCACCGACUCCUACAAGGCAAUUUAGCCGCUGCGCCUCGUCGCCCGCUUCGAUCCGGGGCUAGGGUUCCGCGGUUCUAAGUCCCGUUCGGGCGCCGGGGUGGUGGUGGUCUCGGGCGGCGGUAUGGCGGGCUACGAGGAGGAGAACCUGAACGCCAUGAACGGCUAUGAGGAGGACGAGGAGGUGGAGGAGGAGGUCGAAGAGGAGGUGGAGGAGGUGGAGGAGGAAGAGGAGGAGGAGGAGAGGCCCGCCGCCGAGGGAUCUCGAGAUGGAGGAGGUGGAGGGGAGGCCGUCGGUAGCGGAGAGGCUGGUGGCGUGCAAGGCGGUAGGGACGUGCCUGCCGAGCCCGCCGACGGGUCCGGGAAAAUUUUCGUUGGGGGUGUAGCCUGGGAGACAACCGAAGAAAAAUUCAGCAAGCAUUUUCAGAAAUAUGGAGCUAUAACUGAUUCUGUGAUCAUGAAAGACAAGCAUACCGGGAUGCCUCGUGGAUUUGGAUUUGUUACAUUUUCUGAUCCAUCUGUGAUUGAUAGGGUUCUGGAGGAUGAACAUACUAUAGAUGGAAGAACGGUUGAAGUCAAAAGAACUGUGCCUAGAGAGGAGAUGUCAACAAAAGAUGCUCCUAACAAGACAAGAAAGAUCUUUGUUGGUGGCAUUCCAGCAUCUCUAACUGAAGAUAAGUUAAAGGAGCACUUCUCCUCAUAUGGCAAGGUGGCUGAGCAUCAAAUCAUGGUUGACCAUAGCACUGGCCGUUCACGAGGCUUUGGCUUUGUUACCUUCGAAAGUGAGGACGCUGUUGAAAGGGUUAUGUCAGAUGGGAGAAUGCAUGAUCUUGGAGGGAAGCAGGUUGAAAUAAAAAGAGCCGAGCCAAAGAAACCUGGUGGUGGUGAUUCAAGCUCUAACAGUAGACAUAGCCAUGGAGGAGGUGGCCACCGUAGUUCAUACCGCGGUGGAGGUGGUGGUGGUGGUGGUGGUGGAGGCCGUUCUGCCAUCAGCAGCAGCAGUGGUUAUGGGUAUGGAGCUGACUACCGAUCAGCUGCAGCUGCCUACUAUGGUAGUGCAGGAUAUGGUGCCUACGGUAGAGGGUAUGGUGCAUAUGGAGGUAACCCUGCCUAUGGGUCAGGUUUUGGCUCUGCUUAUGGUGGUUCUAUAUAUGGAGGCCCGUAUGGUGCCUAUGGGGCAUAUGGGGGUGCCUACGGAGGUGGCGCAUAUGGUGCACCUGGCGGCUAUGGUGCAGGUGCAGGCGGGUAUGGUGGCUAUGGGGGAGCUGGAAGCAUGGGUGGUGGUGGAAGUGCGAGUGGUCGAGGCUCGGGCAGGUACCACCCAUACGGGAAAUGAGUCCACAGCUGGUUCCUAGGAUCUGAUAAUAAACACAUACACCCGCUCAUUUCUGCUAUGAGAAGUUGCAACACCCCAUUGGCUUUGUUGGAUCAGAACAUUUUGCAUUCUUGCAUUGCACUGGCAUUGUAUCUGAACACAAAUCUAGAUUCUAGUCACUGAAAACUGAACCAGCCCGAGCUUCAGCUAAAACACUGUUGUAUUCAUUAGAACCCUUUAAAAGUCGAACCCAACUUUGUGAUAGGAACAAUAUCUAUGUGUUGGUACGAUGAAUUACGAUGUAACAGUCUCACCAAGCAACCUAACUCUUGGCAGAAUUGACUUGCUCUAAUUGGACUGUGA